AUGAAGUUUUUCUUUCAGCUAUUUCUAUCAAGCAAUGUAGACGAAAAUCAGUGUUUGAAUUCGGACGGUCUCUUUCUUUUGUGUGAGAAACUGAAACUAAGCGCGUUCGCGGCGACCGUUGCCGAACGAGUUCUGUGUGGUGCCGACGUUGUCGACUUUUAUUAUUUUUUUAAGGACUUCAAGGACCGAUUCGUAUCGUAUCUACCUGAGAUUAUCGAUGUUUCCUCCGGGACGGUAGAUCCACUACUGGCAUGGCAUAAUUUUCCGUGGAUGUGUUCCAGAUUGACUCGAUAUGAAAUACGUCUGCUAUGCGAGAAUACACCGAACCUCGUUCAACUGUCCAUAGUUGACAUAAAUAGUCUUUUCGAGCAUGCUGAUAUAGAGCGAACGGGAAGGAUUUCUGUGCAGCAGUUCAUUGCUCAAUAUCGACUUCAAAAACGCCUCAGUGCAGAGGUUCAUUUUAUCGCUGAUUCGUUCAUUUCGUCGCUCAACCUAUUUGAAGCUCUCGAUUCAGCAAAUUCUGGCAGUAUUGAUUCCCAUGAUUUGCUUCAAUAUUGGAAUAAGGCUGGGUUACGGAUAGACGAAGGUAUCGUUGUGUUAAAGGUGAAGACCGAAGAACGUUAUCGCACACGAUUUAUACAGAUGGAAGAUAAGUUUCGACUUGAUAAGAGGGAAAUUCAGCAUGAAGUUGAGCAGCUCGAAGAGGAACUCUCGCGCUUACGGCAAAUUGAAACGUCAACGAAGAACAAGGUUAUGUUACUGGAACGACAAAAUAGUCGACUUCUGGAAGAAAAUCGCGAACAGUCUGAGGCGAUGAGUCAACUCGAGCAGGCUGUGCAAUCUCAUCCCGUAGAAGAAAACGGCCAGUUGAUCCUGUACAAACAAAAGCUUGAAAUUGUUGUCGCACAUAACAAGAUGAUGUUAAUCCGAAAACGAAGACUUGCUAAAGGUGACACGUUGUCUGAAAUGGAGAGUGAACCUGAGUCCAUAUUCAUUCGACAUCGACGACGUAGGCUUCUGAAACGAAAAGAGAGAAGAAUGCGACACGAACGCAUUGCUUCACGACUUCAUAUGCAGGAUUCAGUAGCUCUUGGCAACAGUGGUAUUCUUGGAAGCGAAUUAAAUCGGAUUUGUAAUGAGCACAAGCAAGAAUUGAUCGCAGUACGCCAAACCGCAGCGAAAACUCUGGCCGAGGCCCUCAACGAUCAACAGAAGCAGCUCACUUUACAGUUGGAACGCGAACGGCGACAAUGGGAAGUGCGUUUGAUUACUGAAAAAAAUCAGUUGGAGAAAAACUUUGCCGAAGAGAAAAUGAAGCUUAUGAAUAGACUACAGGAAGAUUUUGAUGCGGAAUUGCAAAGAAUUUCAUCUAUUGUUAAUCGAUCAGACGACGGAGGUGCAACAGAACAUUACAAGCAACAAAUCAAGACUCUUGAGUUUUCGCUGGAAAGUCAGAAGAAGAGUUAUGAGAAACGAUUAGUGGAACUGCAAGAACGUUUCAAGAAUUCUAUCAAUGCGCACAAUAAUGUUUUUAUCCCUGAGAAUAGAACCGCCAACGUUUUUUCGCUUCUGGAAAAAUACAGAAAUAGUGGUCCAUCACAAUCCGAAGUGUUUGAUCUGUUGGCUUCGCGUUCAUCUCUCAGCGUGGAAAAGCAUAACCAAACAGGAAUUCACUCUUUCAAUCGGUCGUUGUCGAAUGUGGUUGCUCGCUGUGAGAAGUGCGACCUAACUGAAAUGAGAUUGCGUGAGCUUUACCACACUGUCGUUGGAGACCACACACUAUCCGAGAGUGGAAUUGAAGACUUCAGUUCAAGUGCAGGAAGUCAUGUUGAUGAUAAGGUAGUGCUGAAACGCGAGAUUAGAAAAUUAAAAGGACGUUUAGAAGCAACUAAAGAUAAGUUGACCGAGUUGCGCAUCCUGCACUCGGUUCUUCCUUCUCGGCAUAAAAAUAGUCUAUGUGGAAACGAGGGUAAUGACGUAGAUUUUAGACGGACUUUCUUUCAAAUCGGAGAUGCUAGAGGUGUUAUCGAGAAAUUGGGAAGUGAAAAUGUGAUAUUGGAGGCUCGGUUGUCCGAGGCUCAACAACUCAUCAAGACGCUUGUGGAUCAGUACAACAUGCAACUUGACGAGACCGCACGAGUAGGCGCGAUUCUUCGUGAUGUGUAUUUGCACCCGAACAUGUCAUCAGAUGUUUCCCAGAAGGCACCCAGUUGA